GUAGAUCACAGCAGCUCCACACAGUCACAGGACACUCACGAGUCCCACUCUGAGCAGAGCUACUUCUGCACCACCAAGUACCAGUACAUCCCUCUGGCCUCCUACUACUUCCAAAGGCAUCAGCUUUGCCUCUCGGAUGCGGCUCUGCGGGAGCUGCAAGACAUGGAGCAGCUUUUGAGCUUCAGUUCGGAGGAAGACAACCCCACCUUGGUGAAAAUGUGUGAGAGCUUCUUCAGCAGGUUUGGGUCCCACAUAAACCAGGGUCCCCUCCACUUUGGGGGGAUAUUCUGGUGGAAAGCAUCUACAGAAGGAUUCCGAGCCGAGCAGCGGGAAGAGAUGAAGCGACUAACGUCUGAAGCACUGAACAGUUUUGUUGGGGCCAGCUUCUGGGCCAGUGUAGAAGGGACCCUGGAUGUUUCUAAAUCCGGCGCACAGGCUUCUGUCCUGGGGAGAGCCAGAGCGAGUUCUCAUGCAGCAAUUCAGCUCUACGUGGUCAGCACAGGGGGCCCAGCAGACACAGCUUCCCUUCCUCAGUGGAAAACGGGGCUCGUGUCUGAUAACACAACGUGGUGCGUUAUCGACCGUGGCUUUGAGCUGAUCCCAGUGUGGGACGUCAUCCUGUGCAAUCACCGCAGGGAUUUUAAGUCUGUUGGUCAGAUGAGCAGAGCCCUCAGGGCUGCGUACAAAGCGCUGACGAAUCAGAGCAUCGGCACUGUUUUUGGAGAGGAGCUGGGCAGUGCAGUGCAAGAGGCCAGAGAUUUCAUGGGGACUGUGACAGCCUGGGAGGUAGCGAAAGGGGAUGAAGAGAAGCUGCUCAUGCUGAUGGAGCUAAAAGAUGAUCUGAGCGCAAAAACCAGAAACCCCAGUGUGUGGAUCAACGUGUGCCUGUCAAACAAAGCCCUGCAGGGCUUCCUGCUGAACACCGUGCGGAGCUGCCAGGAGUCACCUCCAGAAAACACCACCUCUAUCAAGGCAAUGUUGAGAAGCCUCCUGAAUCCUCAUAUCUACUCUGUCAAGGACUUCCCUGAGGCUUCCUCCAUUAUGCAAUGGGUCUUCCAGACUGAGCACCCGCAUCCCAGACCUCCCAAAGUCUCUGAGCUUCAAGAGCUCAUCAAGACACUGCAGCAAAUGAAGGAGCACAUCCAUGCUGUCACCUACAGACCAGGAAGCACUGCUUCUGACGUUCAUGAAGCAAAGAUAGAAGCCACCCUGACCAGCAGCCUCACCAUUUACUCCUUACUGCAGUCUCUCCAGGAACAGGCUCAGAAGGACAUGGAACUGUUGGUGCUCUUGAUUGUGACCAGCACAGGGUACCAGGUGGAAAGCAGCACUUUUCAGUACCUCCUUGGACACCCAGAAAUUCAGUACAUGGCCAAGGAAAUGGAAGCGGCACAUGCGGAGUACGUGAACCUGAAGGAGCAAGAUGCCAACAGAGCUCAGGCCUUCCUCCUGCUGACAGGCCUGACUGUGACACCAGAAAGUCAAAAGCUGUCCCCCGAGCAGAAGAGGGAGCGUUUAGUUUUCAUGGAAGAUCACAUGAAAGGCUUGUGGUCCACACGGAUAAAGAAUCUCCUCCAAAAGCACAGUGGAGACGAAGACUGGGAGAGGCUGGAACAGGACUUGGACUCCUUGACCAGUGGGUGCUUGGAUGACAAAUGGGAGGAACAGAGGAUGCAGAACAUACUCAGCGACCUGGAAGACACUUUUCCGACACCUGAGGCCCCCAGUCAGUCCCAGUCCAAGUCAGACAGCAGGGAAUCCAGAGAAAAUGAAGCCAUUGCAAACCAAGAGUUCCUCCAGUUGCUCAAGCGCCUUGGACUGGAAAGUCACUAUCCAAGGAAAAUGGGGAUGGGAGAUUUCCGCACCAUCUGCAAGACAGCUCUGCAGGACCGCCAUCCCAGCCAGGACAAGGAACUGCCAUUGUACUUCUUGCAAAAGCUGUUAACUGUGGAUUACCAGGUGAGGUACCUGACUUGCUGGGAUGACAGCAACCCAGGCCUUGCACCCAUGCCACAAACCAGAGAGCAAGACAACCAACAAUCAGACUCCUUUGAAAACUUUCUCGAUAAGCUGAUGGAAGUCGCCCCUGAAUGUGCAAGCAGGGACGGCCAUGUGCACCCCAUGGACCUGCAGAUGGCCAUUUUCCAUUGUGCUGAUGACUUCCUGAGACAGACCCUGGCAACCAAGCUGGCGUUCUGCCAACUGGCGCUGCCUCUGCUGCUGCCCAACCCGAGCACUUCACGCAUCGAGUUCCCGCUCUACGCCCUCAGCCAAAUCCAAAGGAGCUGGAAAGAGGUGGAGAAGUCAGGAGAGCAGACCCAAACAAAGAGUUACAGUAACAAACUCAUCUUUCAGGCACAGACACCCAUUGUGUCCUUCAUCCGCAUUGGCAGCUCCGCCUCCUCUUCCAAGUCCCAGCUCCUGAACGCUCUGCUGAGCAAACGCAAACACGACACUUUCUUCCACCGCCACUGCAGAGGCAGCACCAGAGAGCGUUUGCUGAUGGAAGGGCUGGUGGAGAUCGCCUGGUACUGCCCCCGUGCAAGCCCUGAUGACACCUUUGAGCGCUGCGUGGCUUUCUGUAACCUGCAUGGAGACGCCAGGGAUCACGGAGCACAGCUGCAGUUCCUGCAGGAGAUAUCUGCUGUCAACGUGGCUCUUGUGUCCGACUGGGAGCACAUGGACAGCAGGGGGAAAAAGCUUCUGCAGGACCUGUGGCAGUCACAAAGGCCUCUGGUUAUCGGUGUGCGGGCUUUCCUGAUGAUGAAGAAAGUCAAUCUUUCCCCAAGCUGCCUCUUUGUCCACCAAAACGUGGGAGAAGCAACUGCCAAGGAGCAGAACAUGGAAGGACAAAGGCGCUUGCAGGAAAAGCUGGAUGAAAUGACCGUGGUAGCUGCUCAGCAGGAAUUCUGUGACAUCUCCUCCUUCAGCGAUGUCAUUGGCUUUGAUGUGAACACCCACAUUCACUACUUUGCUCACCUGUGGGAAGGAAACCCCCCAAUGGCACCACCCAACCCCAAUUACAGCCAGAACGUCCAGCAACUCAAGAGCAAAAUCCUCCAGGCUGCCAAGAAGCAGUCGCAGCGCAGCAUUUUGAGGCUCUCGAGCCUGAAAGAUCGUAUUGGUGACCUCUGGAAUGCUUUGCUGAAUGAAAACUUUGUUUUCAGCUUCAAGAAUUCCCUGGAGAUUGCUGUGUACAGGAAACUGGAAAGUGCCUUUAGUCAGUGGACCUGGAGGCUGAGGAGUCACAUCUUAGAUGUACAGAUGAGACUGGACAACAAAAUUCGGAAUGG